AUCUAUGUAGUGAGAGUUUUGAGGGAAGGGCAAGUUGAGCCAACAUUUGUCUUCCGAACAUUUGACGAGUUCCAGGAGCUCCACAACAAACUUGGCAUUCUCUUUCCUCUGUGGAAGUUACCAGGCUUUCCUAAUAAGAUGGUUCUGGGAAGAACACAUAUAAAAGAUGUAGCAGCUAAAAGAAAAGUGGAGCUCAACAGCUACAUACAGAGUCUGAUGAACAGUUCUUCGGAGGUGGCAGAAUGUGAUCUUGUUUAUACUUUUUUCCAUCCAUUACUUCGUGACGACAAAGUGGAAGGAAUAGAAGGAAUAGCCAGACCGACAGAUUCAAGUCCAUCAAGUCCUACCUCAGGCAAAGUGGGAGGAGAAGUGAAGCUAUCCAUAUCAUAUAGAAAUAGCACUCUAUUUAUCAUGGUGAUGCACAUUAAAGACCUGGUUACAGAAGAUGGUGCAGAUCCAAAUCCCUAUGUAAAAACAUACUUACUUCCAGAUACGCACAAAACAUCGAAACGCAAAACCAAAAUAUCCCGGAAGACAAGAAAUCCAACUUUCAAUGAAAUGCUUGUGUACAGUGGAUAUAGCAUGGAGACUCUGAAGCAGAGAGAACUUCAGUUAAGUGUGCUCAGCGCGGAAUCAUUACGUGAGAACUUUUUCUUGGGUGGAAUUACACUCUCACUGAAGGACUUCAACUUGAGCAAGGAGACCGUUAACUGGUAUCGACUAACUGCUGUACCUUAUCUGUGAACUCAUGUCUACACCCGAGUAAGACCAAAACAAUUGUAUUCACUUGUGCUUUGUGCGUCUUCCUACUUGAAGAUAACUGUACAUCUUAAAAUAAGAGACUCUGCAUUUCAACAGAUAUGUUGGACCAAUGUUUAUGUAGCCUAAUUUGGAGGAUUUCUAGAAAAUCUGGUUUGUGCUUAUGUGAUGUUAUCAAAGCAUCACUGUAAAUGUUUAAGAGUUGCAGAUCAAGGAAGGGGUUUUAAACCAUCCAUGAAAGUGAGAUGAACAGUUUGACCAUGCUGGUAGGUUAAACCAUAACUUAUCAUUGGGCCUGUGGAUAU